AUGGACGAGGACGACGAGCCAACCCACGGAGUGCCCGACCUUGCAUCUGCCAUUGCUCCGACCCGUCCAGAGCUUGGAAGGCUCGCGCAGUGGUCCGUCUCGAGCCACAAGUACGGCUUCGGCGUAGACAACCUGCGCGACGACAACGACGGGACGUUCUGGCAAUCAGAAGGUCCUCAGCCACACACUAUCGACCUCUCGUUCCCCAAGAGAGUCUUCAUUUCUUCCAUCGCCCUCCUCACAAGUCAUCGCAAAGACGACAGCUAUACACCGUCACGCCUUUCUAUUCGCGCGGGUACAGGUGUGCACGACCUCCAGGAGGUGCGGCACACUGAGUUUCACAAACCAGACGGGUGGAUCGUCAUUCCACUGCGGCCGAUGGAUGCGGAUGGCACCAUCGAAGGUCCGCCCAUCCCUGCACAACAUCUCCGCAUUGUCAUUGUCGCUAAUCACAUGAACGGCAAGGACACGCACGUGAGGGGUCUUAAAGUGUUUGGUCCGGCUGAGUGA